AAACGAAUGGAAAAAAGGUUAUGCAUGAUACGGCACGACAGCAGCUGGCUUCUCAGCUGCCGCAAGCGCACAGUGGAGCCUCGAAGAGAUUUUGACAGUUGCGAGAUAUGUAUGUGUGUGUAUGACCAAAGUGGAGGGGCUGAGACCGAACUGGCUGCCAGACUUUCAAUUCCUCUUUGCGACGGAUUUUCUUUCGCCAUCAUUUUUCUAUCCCAUCAGACUGCCAUGGCUCUGAGUUUUUGUCGGGCAUUUUAAAACUUUAUUUUUGUUAUAACAAUGAUUUCCCCUGAAACGAAGUUUGGAUUAAAUACAGAGUCAAAAAUUAUCUCUAUAGUUAUGUUCAUAUGUAUGUAGCUAAAAUAUCCAAAGGAAAAGGGAGAAAAAGAAAGACUCCAACGCGACCAAGAUUUUCCUGGCACAAUUUGUUUGAUUUUUUUUAAGUUCAGUUUUGGUUAAAACGGCGGAAGAGAAAGAGAGUGUGAAUUGAAGCCGGGACCAGGACAUUGGUCAAAGUCAAAGCUGUGUAACGAAAGGCAAGCCGCAAGGAAGCAGCAAAAUCAAAGUGCAAAAAACUGAACGCCAAAAGAAGAGAGACGCACACACACACAAGAGCGCAUGCUGUGCGCCGCAGGAGAGGAAGAAGAAGCAGCCGCAGCAUCAGUGUGAGUGCCGCAGCAUCAGUGUGAGUGCCGCAGCGUACACGUACAGUGGCGCAGAGGCCGGAAAAGAGUAAACAAAAGUGGAGCAGGACAGUGUCUAUUAAGGACGCGUAGACAAAAAUCCACAAACUGUUAUAAUCUGCCUCCGAACAAUACAAAUACUACACUGCAGCGGAAUUACAACAGUAUUGGUUUAAAAAACCAAGAAAACAACAAAAAAUAGAGCUGUCAUCAUUGUUGUAAUUUAGUAGGAAACCAGCGCUAGCGCCGAAACGCCAUCUGUCGCCGACCAUCCGCAACCUCAUCGAGAGGAGAGCGACACAGACGACGAAAAACGGCGAGAGAAGAGGCCGUUGUGCAUGAUAGAAGUAGUAGGAGGAGAGGUGAACCAGCAGAAGGCUGAACUCGUACGGUGUGGUGUGGUGCGGUGAGUGAAGUAAGGUGAGGAGCAAGGGAGUCGAGUCGGGUAACCAGGCCGCAAAACAAUAAUUUCUGCUGCGACAGCAAGUAAGAAAAAUACAACUACAACGUCUGCGCCAACGACUGCGACUUUUGGCUUUCUUUCGUUGUUGUCUUCCAUUGUAGCGUGCGUUGUGUGGUGCUGUCAUUGAUUCCGCGUUGAUUCCGCGCCCAUACCCUUACCUGGGGGACAGUAGCGCAGCAGCAGCUCCUCCAUUGUGGGAGCAAGCUGAAACGACAGACAGCCCACAGCAGCACCAUCGGACCAAAUCAGACUAGACCAAUUGCCUUGCCCGCCAAUAUGGCGUGCCUUAACACCUUAAAGCAAGAAAUCAAAACUCUGGAGAAGAUCUUCCCGAAGAAUCACGAACGCUUUCAGAUACUCAACUCCAGCGUCGACGAGCUCUUGUGCAGGUUCAUUGAUAAGAACGGCAAGCGUUACGACAUCCAUGCGAAUAUAACGGAAACGUAUCCCUCAUCGCCGCCAGUGUGGUUUGCGGAGAGCGAGGAGACGAGCGUCACCAAUGCUGUUCAAAUACUUAGCAAUACAAAUGGUCGUGAUAAUCACGUGAUCAAUCAGGUUGGCAUAUUGCUGCGCGAGCUGUGCCGAUUACACAACGUUCCACUGCCACCCGAUGUAGACAAUUUAACGUUGCCAUUGCAAACGCCACCGCCAUCGGCUUCCCCGCUGCGCUGCGAACAGAGGAAAAUGGGGUCGCAUGGGGGCAACGAGGAGACCGAUUCCGAUCAGGAUGAGAUCGAGGACCCCAUUGGCGAGAGCGAACAGGAGAGCGAGGGCGACGAGGAUUUGCCAUUGGAAAUGGAUGAUGUACGGAGUACAAAUAAGAAAGAUGACAUGGAAGUGGAGCACUUAGCGACCCUAGAAAGACUGCGUCAAAGUCAAAGACAAGACUAUUUAAAAGGUUCCGUUUCAGGUUCCGUGCAGGCAACCGAUCGCCUAAUGAAGGAACUACGUGAUAUUUAUCGAUCGGACGCCUUCAAGAAGAAUAUGUAUUUGAUUGAGCUCGUCAACGACUCGAUCUACGAGUGGAACAUCCGCCUCAAGUCAGUGGACCCCGACAGUCCGCUGCACAGUGAUCUACUAAUGCUCAAGGAGAAGGAAGGCAAAGACAGCAUACUCCUUAACAUCCUCUUCAAGGAGACCUAUCCCUUUGAGCCGCCCUUUGUCCGCGUCGUGCACCCAAUCAUCUCAGGUGGAUAUGUGCUCAUCGGCGGCGCCAUUUGCAUGGAGCUGCUGACCAAACAGGGCUGGAGCUCAGCCUACACUGUCGAGGCGGUAAUCAUGCAGAUAGCCGCCACCCUUGUCAAGGGCAAGGCGCGGAUACAGUUUGGGGCAACCAAGUCUCAUCAUGAACAGGCACUGACCCAAGGCCAGUACAGCCUGGCACGAGCCCAGCAAAGCUUCAAGUCCCUUGUGCAGAUCCAUGAAAAGAACGGUUGGUUUACACCGCCCAAGGAGGAUGGCUAAGGCAGUUCAGUCCAGUCCGGAUUCGCCUCUACACACCAUUACCAUUACCACCACCACCACCAGCACCAGCACCAGCACCGCAAAAAACAGCAUCAGCACAGACAUGUUUUGCCCCGCCCCCUGUUUUCUGGCCCACACAGUUUUUGAUCAGUUGUUUAUUAGACGAUCCCUAAGAUGAACAGACGGACAGUCCCCAAACAAUAAUUUGUAUUUUCUUUAUGUAUAGCAAAUAUUAUAUUUGUAUCCAGCUUCCUAUAUUAUUUGAUCCGUUUUUGUAGACAAGUUAUGUUUCAAGCAUGGAUAGUAUAUAUGUUAUGUGUGAACACGGACAUAAAUAAUCUGUUAGCGGUUAAGUGAGCCAAAAAUCGAAAGCAACAGCAGCAGCAGUAGGGGCAGAGUCCUUUAGUCCCAGCCCUGAUCCCGAACCCAUGCCAAUCUCAUGAUGGUGUGUUUUGUAUAGAGUUUUGGAACAGCAGGAGGAACAGAGUGCAACAUGUAAAGGCAAUAUCUGUUAUGUAUAUGAAUGUAAUUUGUAAUUUAAUUGUAAAUGCUGUGGCUCCUCGGUUUUCACUUCCGCUUACACUUCCACUUACUUCCUCCACCCACACAUACCCACACUUACACACGUGGAGCCACAAAGUACCCACAAAAACUCGCCCACAUAAGUGUAACUAGUUAAGUCGUAAGUCCUGAUUGUAUUCUUAUUUAGUUUAACAAAUUGUGUAAUCUUAUAAGAUUCUCUCUAGUGGCUUGCAGGCGAUGCAAGCAGCAUUGAGAUAUAAGGCACAGAUAUAGCGAGAUAGAUAUAAAUAUAUACCUAGAAACACACAUACAUAAUUAUACAUAUACAUAUACAAAUAUCUAUUUACUAAAUGUAAGCUAAAAAGUAAAACAACAGAACAGAACAGAACGAUGCGUCGCAACUUCGAUGAGAGCAACUUCAAGUGUAAAUUCGUCUUUCCAAAUAAUCGUACCAUAAAAUAGAUUAAAAUAAAAUAAAGUAAACCUACAA